AUGGGAUCAAUGAAUAGGUUUUGCUCUCUAAUGAUACUCCUCGUCAUCAGCGCUGCACUAUUGACUCUCAAACCUGUGGCUGCACAAGUCGACUUCAUGAGAUGUGCAACUGGAAUAAUUGACAAAGAAUGUGCACAUUUCUUACGGAGAAGGGUGGCUUAUAAUACGGGGCUUCCACCACCCGACGAGUGCUGCAUCGCACUUGUCGAGAUCGGGAAGCCUUGCCAUGAUGCUUUCACACAGUUUAAACUUAAGAAACACGACUACGUGGGGACCAAAGCGGAUUUGCUUCGGCGAAGCGAUGAAGUUUGGAAUGAGUGUGUUAAUGUUGUGAAAUUCGUCUUCCCUCCUGCGGAGGCUCCUGAUCAUUUUUACUGA